UGGGUGCCAUGAAGUUCACUCAAAAAGCCAUCUCCUCACUUUCUUCUGCUUUUGCCAAUCUCACUCUCUCUCUUUCCCUGAAACUCUCUUAGGGUUUCAAAUUCCCGUUUAGUAUCUGUUCUUUGAUUCCUUUAACUUUUUAACGUUUUCUUGAUUCGGAUCAUCCAUUUGAAUAGUAUCAAUGUCUUUUUCGGCUCAUUUGAUCCGAUCCGGUUCGUCGCCCAGCUGAGCGUUCUGACUCAAGCCACAAAUGCCUUGUUAUCUGGGAAUAUCUCAUUGAAUUGCUUUUGGAAGCGGUCCACUAGUCUCUUCUGGUCGAUUAUUUGAAUGUUUAAAGUGGCUUGCACAGUACAGAUAAGUACACAAGAUCUGGCGUUGAAUUGCCAGUUUAGUCGUUUAGAUGGUUUACAGCAGUUGUAUAAGGUCUUUGGUUGUUCAAGUUCGAUCCUUCACCAAUAAAGUGCAAUUCUACAACAUUGUGAGAAGUUUGCAUAAAGUUCCCUCCAUUACUUAUUCGUGGAAUCGUGGAUUUAAGACAAGCAUAGGGAUGAUGGUUAAUACAGGUGUUAUGUCAAACCCGGGACCCAUUGUUGAUAUGUUGGCAGAGAAAGAUGAUGACGGUGGGUUUGCCAGCGGAGGGUGGAAAAGUGAAGAUGGAAGACUUAGCUGUGGGUAUUCAAGUUUUAGAGGAAAAAGGGUGACCAUGGAGGAUUUUUAUGAUAUUAAGAUAUCUAAUAUUGAUGGACGUUCGGUAUGCUUGUUCGGAAUAUUUGACGGUCAUGGUGGUUCUCGUGCUGCUGAGUAUUUGAAGGAGCAUCUCUUCAAUAACCUCAUGAAGCAUCCAAAAUUUUUGACUGAUACUAAAUUGGCUAUAAGUGAAACUUAUCAACAGACUGAUGCUGAUUUUCUGGAUUCUGAAAGGGAUACUUUCCGGGAUGAUGGUUCUACAGCUUCAACUGCAGUUUUGGUUGAUAACCAUCUUUAUGUUGCCAAUGUUGGAGAUUCUAGGACCAUAAUAUCCAAAGCUGGUAAAGCCAUAGCUCUCUCUGAGGAUCAUAAGCCAAAUAGAACUGAUGAGCGGAAGAGAAUUGAGAAUGCUGGGGGUGUUAUAAUGUGGGCAGGUACUUGGAGGGUAGGAGGAGUGCUAGCAAUGUCCCGUGCUUUUGGUAACCGUAUGCUGAAGCAGUUUGUUGUGGCAGAACCAGAGAUCCAGGAACAGGUAAUAGAUGAAGAGCUGGAGUUGCUGUUACUUGCAAGUGAUGGGCUAUGGGAUGUGGUACCAAAUGACGACGCUGCUUCUCUUGCCCGUGCUGAAGAUGAACCGGAAGCAGCUGCUCGUAGGCUAACUGAAGCCGCUUUUAGUCGGGGUAGUGCAGAUAACAUUACAUGCAUUGUGGUGCGCUUCCAUCAUGAUAAAACAAACCCAGCUAAUUCUGAGGAAGCGGGUCCAGGAUCCAGCUAGCAUCCAGCAUGUCUUAAAGUUAAAUGAACAGGCUUGGCUCUCUCUCUCUGCACAUGCACUAGUGACUGACUGGGCAUGCCAACCUGCGAUUUGUUUAUUCAUUGCUUUUGUAAUCUUAAGUCACUCUUGCAUCUAAUCACGGUCUCCUGGAAACUGAUUCUCCAGCAUUUGUUCAUAUGUUUUCCAGUCAACGGUUUGUAGAGGCACCGUUUGGUAUUUUUCUUCUGAUUCAAUAAAUGCGCCGUGCAUUAUUUCGGUGAGUGGAAUUUUCUCCU